AUGGGCAGGGUGCUGGCCCAGUGCCCAACCCUUGCUGUGCUAAGGACAGGCCUGGCAGUGACCAGCUUGGUGUCUGUUGCAGGUGUCCGGACUGCAUCAUGCUGCUCCAGACCCAAAGUGGCGGCUCUCACUGUGGGGACUCUGCUGCUCCUGACAGGCAUUGGGGCCGCAUCCUGGGCCAUUGUGACCAUCCUACUUCGGAGUGACCAGGAGCCGCUGUACCCGGUGCAGGUCAGCCCCGGGGACUCACGGCUUGCGGUGUUCGACAAGACGGAGGGGACCUGGAGGCUGCUGUGUUCCUCACGCUCCAACGCCAGGGUGGCGGGGCUCAGCUGUGAGGAGAUGGGCUUCCUCAGGGCCCUGACGCACUCGGAGCUGGAUGUGCGAACCGCGGGCGCCAAUGGCACGUCGGGCUUCUUCUGCGUGGACGAGGGCGGCCUACCGACGGCUCAGAGGUUGUUGGAUGUCAUCUCUGUGUGCGACUGCCCUAGAGGCCGAUUCCUGACUGCCAUCUGCCAAGACUGUGGCCGCAGAAAACUGCCGGUGGAUCGCAUCGUGGGUGGCCAGGACAGCAGCCUGGGAAGGUGGCCAUGGCAGGUCAGCCUGCGUUACGAUGGGACCCACCUCUGUGGGGGAUCCCUGCUGUCCGGGGACUGGGUGCUGACGGCUGCACAUUGCUUUCCAGAGCGUAACCGGGUCCUGUCCAGAUGGCGAGUAUUUGCUGGUGCUGUGACCCGGACCUCACCCCAUGGCAUGCAACUGGGGGUUAAGGCUGUAAUCUACCAUGGGGGCUACCUUCCCUUUCGAGACCCUACUAUUGAGGAGAACAGCAAUGACAUCGCCCUGGUCCACCUCUCCAGCCCCCUGCCUCUCACAGAAUACAUCCAGCCGGUGUGUCUCCCUGCUGCGGGACAGGCCCUGGUGGAUGGCAAGGUCUGUACUGUGACUGGCUGGGGCAACACACAGUUCUAUGGCCAGCAGGCUGUGGUGCUCCAAGAGGCCCGGGUCCCCAUCAUAAGCAACGAGGUCUGCAACAGCCCUGACUUCUAUGGGAAUCAGAUCAAACCCAAGAUGUUCUGUGCUGGUUAUCCUGAGGGUGGCAUUGAUGCUUGCCAGGGUGACAGUGGCGGCCCCUUUGUGUGUGAGGACAGCAUCUCUGGGACGUCAAGAUGGCGGCUAUGUGGCAUUGUAAGCUGGGGUACAGGCUGCGCUUUGGCCCAGAAGCCAGGAGUGUACACCAAAGUCAUUGACUUCCGGGAGUGGAUCUUCCAGGCCAUAAAGACUCACUCCGAAGCCAGUGGCAUGGUGGCUCAGCCCUGACCCAGCCUCACCUCGCUGCUCUGCGCUGCACUUGCCUCCAGAGCUGGAGUUGGUUGACGCCUCCAGCCCCGCGUGGUAGGCUCCACACGGGGCCUCACACAGAGCAGUUUUCUUCACAGACCCAGUCCACAGGUCCGAGGACUCUCUUCCACAGUGGCCGGCCCACUCAGCCUUGGGGUCACUCAGCCUCAACCUCCCACCCCAUGUAUAUAUAUUACUCUGUUCUCUGGGGGUUGCUUUCCAGGUACCCCCGUGGGAAUACUCUUUAAAUAAUAA